AUGACCGGGGUGAAGAGCUUGCUAUACUCGGCGGCCCUUCUUGCUUCGCUGCAAGGAGUCGCCGCAAGCGUGUUCAAUAAUGGAACAAAAAUGGUCGCAACCUACUGGGCUCAAGAAAAGUCUAACUCACGAGUGCAGAUAUUCCAAUUGUCAUUCGUCACCUCCUUGAAGGGUACGCCACAGGUCACAUUUGGUCAUCCAGUUACCGGCGCGGAAAUCAAGCAUUGCCAGGACCAAGGUAAAACCAUCUUGUUAUCUUUCGGCGGGCAAACCUAUCGAGAAGGUGGAUGGGACACAGCUGAAGAAGCCCGAAAUAUGGCCCAAAAGGUGUGGAACAUGUAUGGACCUGGCGGUGCAACCUACUUCGGCGGCACUGCGGUCAAUGGAUUUGACUUUGACUUCGAGAUGGCGAUAGAAAAUCUGCUCCCAUUCACGAAGAAGCUCAACGAGCUGAAGAAGAGCCACCCUGGAUUCCUCUUGACAGCUGCACCGCAAUGCCAAUAUCCGGACAAGAAUCUUGCCAGUGUUCUAACGCACCAUUUGGGCUGGUUUGAUGCGCUUUUCGUGCAAUUCUACAACAACCCAGAAUGUGGUAUCCCUGGUGGUUAUGCCCGCAGAUCUACUGAAAGACCUUCCAAUCCUCUCUUGGGCGGCCCGUCGGCUCGUCGGUCCAAUCUUGCGAAACGUGAAUUCAACUUGGGUACAUGGCUUGAACAGGCCAGCCAGGCAACUCCCAAAUCGCCAAAGAUAUUCGUGGGCGUCCCAGGGAAUGCAGCAGGUACCCCGUCCGCGAGGAUGGGCUAUGUGGUUCCGGCUCUGCUCAAAACAGCUCUGCUACCUUUCAUGAAGCAUGCGAAUAUGGGAGGAGUGUCGAUUUGGGAAGUUGGCUAUGCUACCAGUAAUGGUGAUUUCCUUCCGCGAGUUCGUGGACUUUUGGGAUCAUAA